AUGGCGUCCAGCAGCAGCUUCUGGCAGACGGGGUCCGUGCGCAUGAAAUCUACUGACUGGACCCGCUCCACCAGCUCCGGGGCAGGGAUGAGUGCGAAGCGGAGGCGCUUCAUGAGGUCGGGCGCGUACUGCAUGCGGGUCUCGCGGUCGUGCUCCAGCCACAGCACGGACAUCUGGAAAAGCGCCAGCUCCGACUCCACGGGGGGCGGCAGCGAGUCCAGCAGGGCGCGCAUCUCCUCGAAGUUGAGCAGCAGCACAUCUUCCACCAGGGCGGCACUGAGGAAGAUGGGGAGCUGGAAGUGGGGUUACUGGGGUGCAUUUAGAGCGAGAGGCAGGAGGGAUUCAGGUAGACGGUCCUCCCUCCUGGGCACCUGGCGCAGUGGCUUUAACUCCAAUAACUGGCUGAGCAGAAAGGGACCCUCUGCCCACAUCCCGCCCGCGCGCCCGCCAGCCGGGGACAUCCGCCGCCGUCGCCCGGCUCCGAGGGAUCCCGCCGGACCUGCGCCUUCCACUGCGGCUCACACUGCCCUGCCUGGCGCCAGUCCUGGAUCUCCCGCUUCCUAUUUACACCGGACUGGGCUCCUCUCCACUCACUUCACAUCCCGUUCCAGGCUGGCGACUUCGCUGCUGAGCUGAAACUGCUAAUUUCUGUGACCAGCUUUUUUCUUAGCUGUGAUCUGGAUGAAUGAGUAGCUGUCUCAGAGAGAUGACAAAAAUAAACUCUAAUCCCCCCCAAAAUUUCCACUACAUCUUUCUCAUGCAUAGAUUUAUGAUCUUCAAGCGCUCUGUGCAAUAUGCAAACUUUUUUUUGUGUCUGUAUAUAUGCUGUUGUUUCCAGAUUUCACUACAUUGGUAUGCUGCUUUUCCCUUCCACGCCCCCCCCCCACCCUGACUGUGAAAUGCAGAAACCGUCUGAGUCAAAGUAUGCCAAGAUGCCACUUUACAGUGUCUUGGUGUUGGGGGUGGGGUCUGACUUGGAAGAAAGACACUAGCUGUUGUCUCUGAGGUGAGUGGCUGAGUGUACAGAUGGGGGUGGGAAGCAGAACUGGUAGACAGAAUAGAUGAGAGCCCCUUGCCUUACAUUUGUUUCCCUGCACUAUUCAAGCUUCAUGAUCUUGUGGGAAAACAUAUUUUCUUUAUCAUUUUGUCUGGUUAAACAACCAUCACUGUCAGUUCAACAGAUAAGGGUUCAGAAGUCACUUUUUUUAUUAGAAGAUUAUCCUAUUGUCAGAUUUGUCUUUCAAUUAGGACUUUGUGAUUUGCAGGAGCUAGAAUCAAGAGCUAAGCAACUCAGCUGCAAUUUCAUUGAAGUAACCCUUCAACUUUGUAGCUCAUCUGAUAAAUAAGGACAACCACACAGAGCUCACAUUUUUAACCCUGCUUAGCAUGCAAAAUGAACCCCAGCAGGAUUCCAGAAUUUUAGCUGUACUAGAGAUUCAUGUGCAUUUUGGUAGAGGACACGUUCCCUAGACUUACCCCAUGAUGUAUUAUACCCUUACAUUUAUAGCCCUGUAUUUUGGUUGUCAAUGGGGGUUGGAGUUGUCCAAGAAAGAAAGAAAGAAAAAAAAAAAGAAGCAGAAAUAGCAAGGUAUGCCCUUGAACAAGAUGAACAUGAAAGAAAGCUGGACAUGAGUUAAAUAGAGUUUUAUUUGCUAUUAAGUAUGAGAACAUGAUUCAUUCCAAUUUAUUUGUGCUCUGAUUAGUAAACUUACUGAAAUGCACAUCAGGGCACCACCAAAAGGCUGUCUUUUUACCUUCUUCUUUGAUUUGUGAGAGAUGGAAAGACACCUGCUUAAGGGAGGGGGAAACCUGAAAUUCUUUGGUUCAGAAAUAGGGACUUCCCCAUUUAGAAUGGUGAACAUUAACAUGCAUAUAGGAUAUUUCCUCUUAAAUAAAUGAAGAAGGAUCUAUCUGAAAAUGUUCCCCUUACAAAGGCCCCUUUCCAUCAUGGUCCUAGAUUAUCUAAGGGUAAGACUUCUUUAUUCAAAUCUUCCUGAAAUGCUACAUUCUCAUAUUCAUAUUUAUAAUAGAAAGGCCCAAAUACAUGGUAAAAUAAGG